UUCAUAUUUAAUUUUUUCUGUUCAAUGCUAAUUUAUUCAUCUCGUUCCUCUCAACAGCAACAAACAAAUUUAUGGACUGAACAAUUUUCUUUUGAACGGCAAAAACUUCGUUUACAAAUUGCUAAACAAAUUCGUAAACAAAUGUCUUCUGUUGUUGGUCAUCUUCCAACUGCCGAUUUGUUGCUAAUAACCUCUGAUAGUCAAAAAUUACCUGCUCAUUUGUGUAUAUUAAAAACCCGUGCUCCAUCUUUUUACAAACGUUAUGUGCAACCUAUUUGUAAUAAUGGACAAGCAGCAACCUUACAACAACCACAACUCUUAGAAAUUCCUGUUAAUAUUGAAUUUAGUGCAUUAGAAUUUUUUAUUCGCUCAAUUUACACAGACGAGGAAGUUUUAGAAAUGGAUAUAUCAACAAAUUUAGAUAAAUUAAACGGGUCUUCGGUUGACGAUAAUAAUGAUGAUGCAGAAGGAAAUUUUGAUAGUCAAAGUAGUGGGAAUGAUCAAAAACCGGAGGGGUUUUCUAGUAAAAUAAAUUUGAGUCAAAAUCAGCAAAUGUCUGCUUCGUAUCCCUCCCCAAACUCCCCUCGAGAGAUGUUAAUGCCUGAGACAAUAAAUAAUUCUAGUUUGGCAAACAAUGAAAGAAGGUGUUUGAGUCAGGAAAUUUUUGGACAGACCACAGACGACAAUCAAGUGAGAAAACAUUCAGCAAUCUUUCCAUAUUUUAUCAAAAUGGGAAUAGAAGAAGAGGAAGAAGGUUGCAGUACAAGUAGAACAUAUUGUGGCAGUACAGGGGUAAUGAGUCGGAGUUUACCUCUUUCAACUGGUAGCAAUAGAGGAGAAUCGCCUCAUUCGAGAGAUAGUUUUGAUUGUAAUACAAUCCGCGGCCGUGCAAUAGCUGCUCGUCGCCGUCAGAGCUUAUGCUCUUCCCUUAGCUCCCUAACUUCAAUAGACAUCUUAACCCCAACACAAGAAAUUGCCCCAGCUCCCGUUUUUGACGAUCAAAAUGCAGCAGCUAGUAAAUUAGCUGGAGAUUUACUUAAAAUGCUUGUGGAAGAAAGAGAUUCGGCCGAUGUACUUUUAUUGGCAGCUAAUGGAGAACAAGAAAAAGCCCAUUCAUGUAUAUUGUGGGCAUGUGGAUCUGAAUUUUUUAGAGUAAAUUAA